UCACCUCCUAUCACGUUCAAGUUUUCCUCUGUUGUAGCAACCCAACCUUAAUUAUUAAUUGUUUCAAAGAAGAACGAAAAUCGGUAUAACAGAAAUUCUGAAUUCGUCGUCAAGGAGGCCUUCCUUUCGUUUGUUGACAAUCGAGAAAAAAUUAGCGACAAAAAAUCCCUCGGGGUGAUCUGCCAUGUGCACGAUUCGGUUGACAUCAAUUUUUUUCGUCGAUUGGGAGACCACAAGCAAAGAUUUCGUGAAAGGAAUAAAGUUCACUUCCACGCAACGCGAUAUAAAAGUUCACUUGUUUUACAACAAGAAAACACCGAAAAAUGAGCUUCCCGGAGAUUCAGAGUGGAUUGUGAAACAUCCUACGCUUACAUCUUCCGCCGAGGCGUCUUGGACGGCGCUUUUAACGUACGUGCUGCAUUUUUACACGCACACGGCGUGCAACUGUACAAACAACCACUGUAGACUUUGGCCCAAGCGUCAUGUUCAUACAAAGUACAGGGCUCAUAUUGUAUGCGGAGACGAAGCCAGGUACGAAGAAUUGCAAGCCAUUUUGAAAUUCAAUAAAAUUCCUGUAAAAAUAAUCGACGUUGGCGAGCGUACCCUUCUCGACUUGUUUCAAUAUUCUUGCAACCACUGCAAAAUUAUUUUCAAAACUAAGAAAGAAGCUGAUGCCCAUGACCAGAGCAAGCACAAUUUUCUGUGCACGAAUUUGAGAUGCGAAAAAAGCAAGCGAACGAACGGCUUCUUUGCAAGGAAGGAAUUGGAAGAUCAUCUUGCGCGCCAGCGGAGCUGCGAAUUCUGCCCAGAUAAGAUAUUCUGCUCGACUAAAAAACUUGAAGAACACAUGGGAAAAACUCAUAGAAAAUGCGACUGCAGCUGCGAGGAGUACUACGAAACGAGAGAUGAAUAUCUUGAGCAUUUUUACAGUAAUUUGCCUCUGCCGUGUCUAGAAGAGCCGAGUUGUUCCGAGCGCUUUCCGAACAUUGAGUUUCAAGCUUUCCACCACAAGUCAGUCCACGGGGCAACCUAUCCGUACUAUUGUAUGGCCUGCUAUAAAAAGAAGUACUUGGUCUGUCUCAAAACCGCUGAAGAAUUAUUGAAUCACGUGGAGGAAGAAAAACAUAGUGAUGAAGAAUUUUCUUUUGCGCAAAUUCCUCUCCAUAUUGCAUUGGGAGAAAACUGAUGUCUGGAAAUUCAAGGCAAUGGACAAUAAAAAAGAGAACGGAAUUUCCUUCGGAACGUUCUUUGUAAGAGACUAUUUCUAAUGUUUGACUCUGUAAAAAUCGCCGAAGAAUUUUGCUUCAACUAUGACUUUAGACAGGGCUACGUUCAACAUAAAGUAAGCAAGGAGAAACGUAUUUUUCCAACUGAGAGAAAUA